GUUACUCAGACAAUUCACUGAGACCCCAUGCGUUGAUGUUGAUGUUAGAUACAACUUGCCGGGACAAUUUGGUUAAGAUCCACAGCAAAUCUAUCGUUUAAGCCCGGAUUCUAAGAAAAUAAAUCAAAUCAAGUUAUAGACUCAAGUUGUAGGAGCAACUAUGAAGAUCGAGGAGGUAAAAAGUACAACGAAGACUCAAAGAAUAGCGAGUCAUACUCACGUGAAGGGCCUUGGACUUGAUGACUCUGGAAAUGCAUCAUCAAAAACAACUGCAGGUCUGAUUGGUCAAGAAAUGGCCAGAGAGGCUGCUGGUGUAGUUGUAGAGUUGAUACGCUCCAAGAAGAUGGCUGGCCGAGCCAUCCUGCUAGCAGGGCCUCCUGGGACAGGAAAGACGGCUCUAGCCCUUGCCAUCGCCCAGGAGCUUGGCAACAAGGUACCCUUCUGCCCCAUGGUUGGAAGCGAGGUCUUCUCAUCAGAGAUUAAAAAGACAGAGGUGCUGAUGGAGAACUUCAGAAGGGCAAUAGGCCUUCGUAUAAAGGAAGGGAAGGAAGUGUAUGAGGGUGAAAUCACAGAAUUGACCCCUUGUGAAACAGAAAAUCCCAUGGGAGGUUAUGGGAAGACAGUGAGUCAUGUGAUCAUUGGUCUGAAGACAGCUAAGGGUACCAAGCAGCUCAAACUAGACCCUUCCAUCUAUGAGAGUCUGCAGAAAGAGAAGGUUGAAGUGGGAGAUGUGAUCUACAUCGAAGCUAACAGUGGUGCAGUCAAGAGGCAAGGUAGAUCAGACACAUAUGCAACAGAGUUUGAUCUGGAAGCGGAAGAGUACGUCCCACUGCCAAAGGGAGACGUUCAUAAAAAGAAAGAGGUCAUCCAAGAUGUUACACUCCACGACCUUGAUAUUGCCAAUGCAAGACCACAGGGAGGUCAAGAUAUCUUGUCCAUGAUGGGCCAGCUGAUGAAACCAAAGAAGACGGAGAUCACUGACAAGCUACGGAAGGAAAUCAACAAGGUCGUCAACAAGUACAUCGACCAGGGCGUUGCAGAGCUGGUACCCGGCGUACUCUUUAUCGAUGAGGUACACAUGCUGGACAUUGAGUGCUUCACGUAUCUUCACAGAGCCCUGGAAUCCACUCUUGCUCCCAUCGUUAUAUUCGCUACCAACAGGGGAAAAUGCACGAUAAGAGGUACAGAGGAUGUGAUGUCCCCCCACGGUAUACCCCUUGAUCUCCUGGAUAGGGUGAUGAUCAUCAGGACCCUUCCAUACUCGCAGGAGGAAAUGAUGCAGAUUCUGCAGAUCCGAGCCCAGACAGAGAGUCUCCAGAUUGAAGAGGAUUCCCUCAAAAUGCUUGCUGAAAUUGGCACCAAGACAACAUUAAGAUAUGCAGUCCAGCUUCUGACACCGUCAAGUCUUCUGGCUCGUAUCAACGGAAAGGACAGCAUAGGUGAAGAUGAAAUCAAUGAGAUUAACGAGCUCUUCUACGACGCAAAGUCAUCAGCCAAGAUCCUGGCAGCCGCAGGUGACAAGUACAUGAAGUAAUCCAUUUCGAUCUGAUUUGAUUUCCGAAUGAGGCAAUUCCAUAAAAGGAACGACCUUUUUCAUACAUCCGACUCCCAUUUUUCUCUUUGUUCACCUGAACUGUCCAAGUGAUAAUCCUUUGUGACCUUUAUGAAUUUUCAUAUCAAUGAGAGUAAACUGAGACCGGUGAUUUCAGGAAGAAUGAACAUAUCAGGGGGUCGGAUGUUAAUAUUUCAUGGAAUUGUCCCUCCAAUAAUUUCUUCUGUUUUUUUAUUGAAUUUUUCCCCGUUUAGAUUAGUAAUCUUCUACAUUCUGUUGUGUAUCACAUCAGUGCCCAGUUUCAUAAAAAUUUGUUAUCAAUUGCUAUUUAUAAGCUACUUUGUCAAGGAUCAAUGAUGUAAUUGAUAACAAAGUUUAUGAAACAGUGGACCAUUUCCUUCAGCACUUCAUAAGUUGUGCCGGACUUUGUAGCUGAUGCAACACCUAAGACCUUGUUCCAGUUCUGUAUCAAGUCACUGGUAACUUAUCAGUAGCUUUAUGAAACACAAUCCUGGGCCCUGUCUUACAAAGAGUUACGAUUGAUCCAAUCAAUCGUAACUCUAUAGAAAUCCAUUAGUGCCCUAAUUUUUUCUACAGGAAAUUAACAAAAAAAUGUCCUUUGUAAACAAAGGAGAACCACCAAAUUGUCAAGAAAUCAAUGAAUUCAUGGAUAUACAUUCAUAUCUAGAAAAUCUUUUGAACGAACAUGCAUUUUAUAUGUUGACUUUGCUGGCUUUCCAUAGUUGCAGUUGAUUGGAUCAAUCGCAACUCUUUGUAAGACGGGCCCCUGGGCCCGUUGCAUAAAACUUACCAUAAUAGGAACUUUGCCUUCAAAUGGUAACAUGCAUGUGAUCCUUGAUUCUGAUUGACUGUUAAUCAGCAUUACCAUGGUAAUGGUAACUUUUAUGCAACAGGAACCUGGGCUGUUCUUCAAUAAACUGUGCAUAUACGUAUUACGUGACUUGAACGAUGGAGUUAGAGAAAAUUAUUUGAAAUACAGAUAUAAUUUACUACAAUUUUCUGGGAAAGUUUUCAGCAAUAACAACAACUGGGAAUUGAUGAUGCCAUUGUGAAAUCAUAAGUGACUUGUAAAAUGCACAAUAUAAUGAAUUCCAAUCCUACUGGCAUGGAAUUGAACAUAACAUUGAUGGUAAUGUUACCAUCAAUGGUAGCUUCCAUAGAAACCAUUGGUUGUUUUCAUUAGCUGGUAUCACCAGUGAUAGCAGUCUUAUCGCUGAUAGGCUUAAUGCAAAUGCUAUGAGGUAUACAAUGUGACAUGAGAUCAGAGUAGAAACAACAUACACUAUAAUCUAAUGCAUGUCCAAGAAUGUGAUGCUAUAUAUUGAUAUGUUUGUUUGGAAAAUAUUAAUAUGUAUUGCCUUCAAUACUCUCAGAGUUGCACAUUUCAGCCAGGUUACGAAUGAGGAGGGUUUUGUGAGAAUGCCGAAUACAACAAAAUAAGAUGAAGGAAUUAUUGUGACUGUUCUCAAAUGAUCAGUAAUAUCUGAAGAGAAACUUCAAUGUGGUUGCUAUCUAAUAUCUCAGUGUGCAGUUUUUGAUAUAUUUUCUUGUGGGGAUCAUACAGACUACUAAAGAAAAGUAAUGUCUUACAUUGGUGGCAAAAUUUCAACAACAAAAAAACACCUUUUAUUCAUGUUUGUAUCAAGAUAUAAACAGAAACAGUACUUGUUGACAUCGGAACCGUCAUUCCCCAUCUUAUUCCUUUCUUUGUCACUUGAACGUUUCCAUUUUUUUUUUUCAUUUGAGUUUUUUUCUGUCACAUGAUUGUUUUUAUAGUGUGUAUUAUAAUGUAAAUUGCAAAAAAAAUGUUGAUGAAAUACAUUUUGUAUGAAAAAGAGCGAGUUGUGUGAGUUAUGAAAAGUGUAAUUUUCUUUCUUUUUUUCAAUAAAAGGAUACUUUUACCAUA